AUGGCAGCUGAUAUUACCACCACGACUGUCAUCACGGCAUUUCCCCUCCUCUUCGGAGUAACCGGCACGAGCAUUGGAAUCUACAGCUUCGUGUCUCCCUACAAUGCCAUGCGCCUCUUUGGUCUUCACGCUCCAGCUACUGAGAAGACCUCUUCGUCUCAGUCCGAAGCUUUCCAGAAAUCUCUCAUCUACGCGACUGGACUACGAAACAUCGGUACAGGUCUCAGCACUCUUGGUCUCUAUGCGUUCUGGCAAUUCUCCCCGAUCUGUCAAGUGAGCCCGUUGGCUGCGGCGGUUACGAAGAAGUGCAUGGGAAUCUGCUUCAUGCUCGGUACCUUUGUCGGAGUUGGCGAUGCUGUUAUUGUGCGGCAGUUUGCGAAUAAGGAGUAUGUUCAAGGAGAGGCAGAAGAGAAGGCUGUCAGUGCCAGCAUUAGCCAUGGUAUCACGGCAGUAGUCAUUCUGGCAACUGGCCUCUUUUUGUAUUUGUAG